AUGAGACUUUUUCCUCUUUUGCUUUUUCAGCAAUCCUUUUCAAAGCCAAAUCAGGAAAGCGAGACGAGCUCGCGACAAGUCAUCUGUCACUUUGAUGAGCCCUGCACUCAAGCCUGCACUGCCAAGGUCUGCGAGUACUUCUGGAACAUUGAGUACCGACUAACCAACACUUGGCGGACACGUGACUUUGGGCGGCGAACAAACGUAGCCAGAGGAUCUCUUCGUGAUUUCUCAGUUUCUUGGAACGAGACGAGCAAAAACCUGGACAUUGACCAGAUAGGACUUGCUGCCAAUACUCCGUUUCUCGUCGAUGAGAGAGAAAACCUCUUCUUUACCGACGGACAGGACCAACGACGAGUGAUCACGAUUAACGGCCAUUUUCCCGGCCCGAGCGUGAUCGUCAAUAAGGGCGCCAAGGUCAUCAUCCACGUAAAGAGCCUUCUCCAUGAUCAGUCAUUCUCACUCCACUGGCAUGGUCUUCACAUGGUCGACAACUACUGGAUGGACGGAGGAGCCAUGUUUUCCCAAUGCCCCGUCAACAGUUUCAACGAGUUUACAUACGUUAUCGAGGCCGACAACACCGGAACACACUGGUAUCACUCGCACAAAGGCCUUCAACGAGCAGAUGGACUUCACGGCGCAUUCAUCGUCCUUCAGCCGGAAGAACAAGAAGACCAUUCCAAUAAAAUUCCAUUUGUGAUGACCGACUGGUAUCGAGAUGAUUCUGACUUUUUGGCGGCUGCAGAUCCCUACCGCUUUGGAAUUUCUGGCGGGGACCGAUUCACUGGAACAGGGGCGCGGACAUGCACCACCCCGGAAAAGGGAUUUCUCAACGGAGCGAAAGUGAGCAGCUACUGCGUCGAUUCGAUUCUUGUCAACGGCCAUGGCCAGUUCCGAGACAAAAACGACUCGGCUGUGUUUUCUGUCGGCGAGCAGUUCGUUCUUCCCUACGAAACAGAAACCGUCGAAUUGAAAGCCGUCCACGCUGGUUUUGAAGUUCCGAUUCUGCUCAGAAGAGCUGAUAGCUUGCCGAUUUACGCAACUGGAACCGAUGGCCGAAAAAUUCAGUCAAGAGCUGGACAUGGGCUGAUCUUUGGCGUCGGCGAGACGUGGAAUAUUGAAAGCGAAUUUAACGGGCUCGACGAAAUCAUUUUCAUAGCCGAACUCAUGGUGGAAGGAUACGGACACGUGGUUGAUGCAGACUACCAGCUUAGCCCGCGACCCUUCGUUAAAGUCUCUGUCCAAAGAUCUUCUGCUCCGUUCCGAGGAGAACGCGUUCGAAAUCUUGUCCCUCUUCUUCCCUGGAAACAAUCGCCAGCUCCAGUGAGACCCCAUCAUGCUUUGGAUUUUACUGACUUUAUCGACAAUCUCGACCACGACUCGGAUUUUACUUACCUCAACUGUCCACUUGACAACUACCGCGGCUUCAAAUGCGUCGGAAUCAUGGAUUUUCAGCGCGAUGAAAAUGUCGAAACUGAAGCAUAUCAAUUCGACCCCGCAGAAACGAACGAAAAACCGGAUCAAAUAAUCGAACUGAAUUUGAAUCUGGCUCGAGGAUCGUCAAUCAACGGCAUCAAAUUCGCCUAUCCAUACAAACCCUUUUUCGACGGAAUCAAGGACGAGAAUAUCACGCCCUGCAGCGAAGAGAUUCUCGGAGACGAAGGAAACAGAACCUGCACGCAAAUUUUCACAGUCCAGAAAGACGAGCUUGUGGAAAUCAGAAUCUCCGCUGCUCAUGAAAUGUCGAACGAACUCUCGCCAUACGAGUGGACUUAUCACGCUUUCCAUUUGCACGGCUACGAGUUCUUCGUCCAGGAGCUUGGCUUUCCCAGACUCGAUCAACAUGGCAACAUAAUUGGACUCGACGACGCUUUGAGCUGCACUGGUGGAACGCGCUGCCCGAAAGUGGAAUACAGAGAAGACAUUUUGAAGAAACGAAGAGUCCAUAAUUUGAACACUGUCGCGAAAAAUACGAUUCUAGUGCCAGCAAUGGGCUACGCGAUUGUCCGUUUCAAGGCGACGAAUCCCGGAAUCUGGCCGAUGCACUGUCAUCAGCUUUUCCACAAUUCCCAAGGAAUGGCUGUGGCUUUGAAUGUAGAAGACAAAGAGGAGAACAAGCCGUUUUCUUAUUUGCCGGAAGAUUUUCCAAGAUGUGCAGACUAUGAUCCAACGAGCUACUCAACUCCGAAAAAAGCAUCGCAGAAUCAUUUUCUUCAUUUCAUCACGCAUCACAUAUUGUUCUCUUCAUCGAUCUUGGUCGUCUUUUUGUCUCUCGUGUUUAUCUUCGUGAAAUGCUGCUUUUUGCCAAGAUUUAAAAAUGGGUACGAAUACGCACCGUUGAAUGGAGGAGAAAAGGGAAUUCGUUUGUAUACUAAGAAAUUGCAAGAAUUCGUCAACCAAAGAAUUACAAAUCGCCAAAAAUCUGAAUCGAGAAAUGAAGAUAGGGAACCACUUAUUUCGAAUGAUGAGUGUCAAGAUUCAAACAAGAUGGAAGACGACACUGACCAAGAAAUAAUUGAUUCUCCAACUUACAAUCCGGAAGAGGAUAAUGAUGACGAAGACUUUGCUUGUGAACACAAAGAUAACUUUCCAAACGGUCAUUGGGACAAUGACGAUUCGAAGUUUUCAUUGUUCAAACCUGAUCAAUGA